GGAGCCACCGCGCUUCGGCUCCGCCGGCGGACGCGGGGCCGCCGCGCCCGGCCGCGGCCGGAGGAUGUGUGUGCGGGGCUGGCGACCUGGCAUCGCGUCGGUGCUUGGAUCCUCCCUCCUCCCUCUCCUCCUCCUCCUCCUCCUCCCCUCCCUCCCGCUCCUCGCCUGGCAGCGCGGGGCUGGGGAAGUUGCGCUUACACGAGAGAUGGCUUCGCAGCGGGGAUCGCUUUGAGGAAAGGUCUCCCCCUCCCUCGCCUCCCCCCGUCGCCGCGGCCUCCGAACUGUAAGUGGCAGGAAGGAAGUAAAGUUGCAAACAACCUGCCGCGGCAGGAACUUUGUGAGCUGCUCCAGCUGCAUGUGUUCAAGGUGCCUUUGAUGUACGUGCAGCAGCUUCUGGAAAGUGGACUGCAGCUUUCCCACCCGCCAGCCCUCCCUCUCCCCAACCCUUCCCAGCCUCCCCUCCCACCACCGCCACUUCAGCCCGCACACGCAAUUUGUUUGAGAAGGAAAAAAAAAAAAGUGAUGAACGAGAAGUGGUGAAUUACCCAAGCGACUUUCCUCAAAGAGCGAGCCGGCCAGAGGAGCCGGGGCGAGCCCCGCGCAGCGCCGGGAGGGACCCGGGCUGUGAACGCGGCUCCGCAGCGAGAUGCAAAAAGCCUCAUCUGCUUGCGUUUGACUUGCGAUGCCGGCUCCUCACUAGAAUGCAAACGCUUGCACAGGAUGAAAACAGGUCAUUCUUCCAGAAUGCCAGAGGAAAGUUCGCCAAAGCGGAGUCCUCAAAACAUCCCAUACAAGGAUCUGCCCCAUAUCAUCAAUGCUGAUGGGCAGUAUCUCUUCUGCAGGUAUUGGAAGCCAGCAGCAUCUCCCAGGGCCCUUGUGUUUAUUGCCCAUGGCGCUGGGGAGCACUGCGGCCGCUACGAUGACUUGGCCCAGAAGCUGACAGGACUCAACUUGUUUGUGUUUGCCCAUGACCAUGUUGGCCAUGGGCAGAGCGAGGGCGAUCGGAUGGUUGUCUCAGAUUUCCACGUCUUCAUCAGGGACAGCUUGCAGCACAUUGAUCUCAUGAAGAAAGAGCACCCCAAACUGCCUGUUCUCAUCCUGGGGCAUUCCAUGGGGGGAGCCAUCUCCAUUCUGACAGCUAGUGAGCGACCCAGUGAGUUUUCAGGCAUGCUGUUAAUCUCUCCUUUAGUGGUAGCCAGCCCAGAAGUCGCUACUCCCAUCAAGGUUUUUGCAGCAAAAGUGCUCAACUUUGUGCUCCCAAACCUAUCACUGGGGUCGAUAGAUCCAAAUGCAAUUUCCCGAAACAAGAAAGAGAUGGAGUCUUACACAUCUGAUCCCUUGGUCUACCACGGUGGCAUGAAGGUCUCCUUCGUCAUCCAGCUGAUGAAUGCCAUUGCCAGAAUCGAGCGAGCCCUGCCCAAGCUGACUCUGCCCAUCCUGGUGCUACACGGCUCUUCCGACAAGCUCUGCGAUAUCAGGGGCUCCUAUUUCCUGAUGGACACAGUGCAGAGUCAGGACAAAACGCUCAAGGUGUAUGAAGAAGCCUAUCAUGCCCUCCACAAAGAGCUGCCUGAGGUCUCUACCUCUGUCUUCACAGAAAUACUGACAUGGAUUGGCCAGAAGGUCUCAGCAGCUGGGGAAACCAGCCAUACUUAAGAGCAAUUGCAUUUGCAGCUCUUACUGGGGUUUUCUAGGAAUAUAUGUUUUUCUUACUAGAAAUCUCUUGGGAAAAGAUCUAACGUGGAGGGAUUAUUGGAAUAUUUUAUCACACACAGUUUAAGGGAGGGUGGGGGGAGAUGCACAGGGUGGGGCAUUAUUUGCUGAUGUAAAUGGCCACUGCCCUAAUCUGGAGAAGAGUUGAUGCCUGUGGGAUGCCCCUCACCCACCAAAUUUUCUCCACGGCUUCCCCUUCUCUGCUUUUGCUGUGGUGACUGGGGUGUGUUUAUACUGCAAUAAUUAUUGGUAUGUAAAAGAAAUCAGUAUCUUCCACUUCAUGGUUUUGAUGCCAGGUGCGUCCCUUGUCCCCACCAUCCAGCACCUUAAAAACCCUGCUCCUGGAGAGGAGAGCACUAACGAAGGUGCUGAGUGAUGAGGAGAGGCUAGAGAUGGAGUUGGCAGCUCCCUGGAGGUGAAAGGCUGAUUUUCAAGACCAGACCCCUUUGGAUACUACCUUUUAAGCAGACCAGGCCAGGGGAUGGAGAUGCCUCCCCCACUGCCCUGCACAUCCUCUGCGAGUUUGCACUCGGGGAAAGCAUGUUGAACAGUGCUUUGAUUUUCAUCAUCUAAGCAGGAUCCCAGAGGGAAGAGCAGGAAUGUGGAAUCAAACCCACUUAGCACAUUCAAUUCCCCUGCUUUUCCCCAUGUCAAACCCCAUCUUCUCUGCAAGAUUAACUAUUCUGUAAAUAUCCCUAGGCACAAGGUUCCUUCCUUCCUUUUUUCUUUUUAACUCUCCUUUUUUUUUUUUUUUCUUUUGGAAUUAAUCAUUUGUGCUACUGAAACUGAAAAAGCAAAGUCAAAGUUAUAAGAGAAUAUAGUAAUAUAAUAUAUGAUAUAGAGGUGGCUGGAAGCUGGGAAAGAAAUGGGAGGAGAGUAAAGAAAGAGUUAAUCAUUCCUUCUCUUGGCAAGAAACAAUGUUGUCCUACCAGGAUCUGGUCCUUUCACCAUAACUUUACAGUCAUAAUCUGUUGUUUUCCUUCAUCAGUUGGAAAACGUCCUGAAAAUAAUGCUAGAGAGAAGUGCAGAGCAUCUGGUGGGUGGGGAGUAGCAGUGGGUGUCCUCAUGGUCCACUGGUUUAGCAGGAGACCCACAGCAUGAGCAGAGCUCCUGUCCAAGCCCAUCCCAGGCUCCUCCAGUCAGCACUGGGGUAGGGCACUGAGGGGCUGAGCUCAGCCCUUCAGGACACGUGGGGAGCUGAAGGCAGAGUGAGGAGUGGGAUCCCCCAUCCAUCCAACCUUGCUCUGCUGGGGCAUCCACAGACCCUGCUGUACGAGCUGCUGUGGAGGAGCCUGUGGUGCAGGUAAGCCAAAUUCUUGAGCUGCCUGAGUCUCUGCUAGCAGCAGGGAGAGAGGAAAGAGUUUAGACCCUGGAUGAGAGCAGAGACAUUGUACUGACACAGUAAAACUGCACAGUGAUGACAGAGUGGCUGUGCAGGCCGAUUUAUCUAGUGAGAUGGCCCUCAGCAUGAAUAUACUUCUUGGCACUCUCCAAAGGGAAGGGGUCCAACCUGCACCUCUCCCUCUGGUUUUGCAAGAAGAGAAUGCAAAUGUUGCACUAUGAGAGAGUGGGACAUCUCCUCCAGUGACAAACCAGCCCCCCCUGCCUUCCCUGGCAGCAGCAAGAAGCACUGCUGUGCCUUGAGCUGCUGUCCCAGGGCUGGAUCCCUCCUUGGACACUCAGGGGGGUCACCCACCUCUUCUCCCUUUGGAAGCAGUUCUAGCAAGGUUCAGGAAAGGGACCUCUGUGCCAUAACAGAAUCAGGGCUCAGUCCCAUUCAGUCCCAGCAGCAUGGAUGGAUGAAAGAUGUGUGGUGGAUGCAGGUUGUAUCCUUGUAGUUGCCCUAAGGGGCCCAAGUCAGGGAAGCUCUUUUAUACAGGUCGAUCCAGGCACUUUGGCAUUUGUAUUUUCUUGCCUCUAAAGAGAGGAAGGAGCUAUAGUUCUCCCAGCAAUGUUAGCUUUUAAUUGAAAUAUUAUUCCAGUGCAAUCGGCUGUUCUCAGCAGCCCCUCCGAAACCUCUGGUGACACUUACUCUGGGAAAGAGCAAUGAGCAGGUCACCUGCUUUCCCUCCUCCAGCAGCCUGUCUUGAGGCAACUUGUGUUGCCUGAGCAAGCUCCCUCCUGGCCAGAUGCUGCUAGAGAAAGAUAGCAAGAAGAGAAAUACUCCAGCAGUGAUAAAUCUCACCUGCUUCUUCAGCUGGAAGGGGAAACAAGUGGGUGUGAUCCAGAGGUGACAGACAUUGCGGGGGUAGUAGCAAGAUGAUGAUUUAAGGAUAGGAUUUUUGAAAGCACUUUUCUUGAGGAAGUCAGGAGGAGUAAAUCAAUGCCCACAAUUUUUACAUCCCUUCUAAAGUGACAAGCACUUUGCAGGAGUGGAGAGGGAAGUGACCCUUCAGCAGAAAGGUCAGAGCCCGUCUGCUCCCUCCAACCUGGCUUCAGGCAGAGGAACGUCCGUUGUCAGUGCCUUUGCUAAAAUGUGUCCUUUCACCCAAGAAACAUCUGCAGCUAAACAGAAAUAAAGGGAAACCAAUUACAUGGAUCUGGGGAAGACUUCUCUGUCAGUCUAUAGCUGAACUCAGCAGUGGUACAUGGCCUGGGGAGGCUGUUUGGAAAAAGGUUUACAAACAAAACAAAGAACAGCAACAAAAAAAAAAAAAAAAAAAAAAAGCCAAAUGACCCCAAAGCCAUGGCACAGCAACAGGUAUUGCCACCCUCAGCCAGUUUUCUGAAGAGUUUCCUUCUGAGGCAAUUAACACAGGGAAAGCAAUCCAGAAGAAGCUGGGCACUGCCUGCGCUGACCCCACAGACCCCUGGGCUGGCUGCUGAGCAGAGGGGCCACAGCUCCUUGGCAGGUGGGAAAUGAGUGCAAGGGAAGGAGCCAGGAACAAAUCAGCCCGGGCCAGGUGAGGCACCGAUCCGCACAUUUCAGCUCUCUCACUGCUGCUGAUCCCUUGCCCUGCCUGUAAGCUCCUUUAUACUGACCUACUUAGGUUUCACCAAGCCCCGGAGGAAUUCUUCCUUGGCUGACCAGAUUAGCAAUGAGCAGAGCAGCUGCUGAGGGAAAUGUAAUUACACUCUAUUUCCAGCUGGCAGGUACCACUUGCAGGGAGCACAGCCAGCCUUACGAAUGUUGCUGUGCAGAGCUGCACCAGAGUCUGGUCUGCCUUGGAGAGCAGGUGGCACUCAUGACUGAGCAAUAGCAACGUGUAACUACUGUAUAUAUCACCACCUGUAGCACUGAGAGGCCAUUUCCCACUGCCUAACCCAUCAUGUUUUCUAUUUAGCCUGUCCUUUUUAUACCACUCACCUUAGCACACUGCCAGCACAAACCUGUUGGGAUCACAUUUCCUUUUACAAGUAAUUCCUGAGGUUGUCUCUCUUGUUCUGUUGUGUUCCAGUUCAAUAAAAUACAUUAUAUAUAUAUACAUAUAUAAAAACAUAUAUACAUACACAUGUAUUUUCAGUGGAAAAACCAUAUAAAAGUUUAGGAUUCUUAAAGGAAUACAAUGUAUAUUGCAACUAAUAAUAAAGUUAUGUUUUCUGAA